AAUUGUCGUUUUUGACACACAUUUGUCGCUAUUAUCACAUAAUUAUCACAACAAACACAUCCUCAAGACAUGGAAAUGGAAAACAAUGUCAGAGUUGCCAUCAGAAUUCGUCCACAACUGCCCAAAGAGGUGAUAGACAUGUGUAAGACAUGCACUCGAGUCACACCAACUGAGCCGCAGGUAUGGCUCGGAGCCGACAAAGCCUUUACUUACGAUCACGUCUUUGACUACAACUCCAAACAAGAGUUCAUAUAUGAAGACUGUGUCAAAAAACUAAUCAAUGGUUGUUUUGAGGGCUACAACGCGACAGUCCUGGCCUACGGUCAGACCGGUUCCGGGAAGACCUACUCAAUGGGCACUGGUUUUGACGUCGGCUCCACUUCCGAAGAGAAGGGAAUCAUUCCUCGAGCUGUUGAGCACCUCUUUAAUGGUAUAAAUGAACGCCAACGCGAAGCCCGCGAACGACGGGAACCGAUCCCUGAGUUCAAAGUGAACGCUCAGUUUCUUGAGCUCUACAACGAAGACAUCAUUGAUCUCUUGUCUGACGAGCGGUCAAAGCACUCGCAAAUCAAAAUACACGAAGACUCGAGUGGAGGUAUUUAUAUCAAUGGAGUCAACACUAAGUCCGUGCAGACCGUCGAAGACACGCUUCAAUGUCUCAAAAUGGGAGCCCUUUCGCGAACCACUGCCUCAACGCAAAUGAACGCCCAGUCGUCCCGUUCUCACGCUAUCUUCACAUUACAUGUCAAACAACACAGAGUGACACCAAUUGACCAAACAUUUGGCGAAGAACUUAAUGAACAGAUGAACACCGAUUUAGGGCCACAAGAGUUCGAGACAUUGACCGCCAAAUUUCAUUUCGUGGAUUUGGCCGGUUCUGAACGGCUUAAGAGGACCGGCGCUACCGGUGAGCGCGCGCGCGAAGGCAUUUCCAUCAACUCCGGUCUCUUAGCGCUCGGGAAUGUCAUCUCCGCGUUGGGAGAUAAGGCCAAACGGGCCACACAUGUGCCCUAUAGGGACUCCAAACUCACGCGACUUCUUCAGGACUCUUUGGGCGGAAAUAGCAUGACUUUAAUGAUCGCUUGUAUUAGUCCCAGUGAUCGGGAUUUUAUGGAAACCUUGAAUACUCUCCGGUAUGCGAAUAGAGCCAAAAAUAUCAAGAAUAAAGUGACCGCAAAUCAGGACAAAUCGAGUCAAACGAUAACAGCUUUGCGACGAGAAAUCCAAGACUUGCAGUUAGAGCUACAGGAGUAUAAACAGGGCAAACGACUCAUCGACAGCGACGGCAUCGAAAAAGUGAACGAUAUGUUUCACGAAAACAAUAUGUUGUUGAAUGAGUUGUCAAACCUUAGGACACGAAUUAAGGCACUCCAAGAGACCAAUGAAAGGCUCACUGCAGCCAACACUGAAUUACUUGUUGAGAGAGAGACCGGCAAUUGGAUUAGCUCUGGGACGGGAGACAGGGCUGACAUCUCGUCGUUAGUCAAGGGAUAUAUGAAAGAAAUACAAGAUUUGCGAACAAAACUGAUAGAAAUGGAAGAGAUGUGUUCUCUGCUCCGCAAACAAAACCACAGAAGCGGUCACAGGAUGUCAAUGAGUCCCUUCCACGGCGGGGCCUCCGUUGCGAUGACCGGUCACUACGACGUCGGCUAUAAUGACGAACAGACCACUAAUGAAGUGCUCAUUGAAGCGAAGAAAGACAUCGAGAAAAUGAAGAAAUUGACAAAAAUAAGAAAGAGAUCGCUUCAGAAGGACAGCAUUCCCGACACUAAUGGCAACGAUAUUGAGAUUAACGGCUCGUCAAACAGUUUGAAUGAUGAAAAUGAAGAACAGGACGAAAACAACACGGAAUCAGAUGACGCCGAAGAUAGUGACGACUCGGAUGAUGACCAACAGAUCGCUCAAAACGCUAUCAAUGUGGCCGAGAAAGAGCUCUACGAGUUGUCGUCUGAGAUCUCAUUGAAAGAGAAAUUAAUCAUUGAAUUGGAAAAGAAUCAGAAAAAGAUGUCACAAAUGCGUCAACAAUAUGAGGACAAACUUCUUCAGCUCCAGAACAAGAUAUGCGAAACGGAGUCCGAAAGGGAUAAUGUGUUGUCGAAACUGAAUUCAGUCGGCACUCAGGGCGACGAUAAGGCCAAGAAAGUGAAGGACGAGUACCAGAAGAAGUUGAAUAAUUUGCAAACAGAAGUGAAGAAACUACAGGCGGCUAAACGGGAACACUCGCAGGCGAUGCGCAACCAAAACGCCAAUGAGUCACAAAUGAGACAAUUGAGGAACGAAGUGAUGGAAAUGAAGAAACAAAAAGUGAAAAUUAUGGCCAAAAUGAAGGAAGAGAGUCAAAAGCAUAGGGAGGCGGAGAUUCGCAACAAUAAGAAGAUAUCUCUGCUCUCGAAACAGGACCGCCAAAAAGCCAUCAAAAUCAAGAGCCAUGAGGUGGAGAUCAGUCGCUAUAAGAAUCUGUUGAAACGUAAAGACGAUGAAUGCAAUGCAUUGAAGAAAAGAUCGAAACCAAUGAGCGAUAGAGUGGCCGGACGUAUACCAAACGGCAAUCGAAAGGCCAGAGGAGGUCCAGCGCUUCCGUUCUCUCCGGUGGCGGCAAAGAUGAAAUGGCAACGACUGGAGACCGAUAUCAACAAAAUUGUUUUGAGUAAACAAAAUGUGACGAUUCAGGAGAAGUCGAUGGAGCGAUACCUUCAACAGAGACAACAGUUGAGUCGUUCUCUCGACAGAAUGAACCGCAAACACGAGUCCGCCAUCAGAACCGGUAAAUCGGAAAACGAGAUCCGAGUUAUUGUGGAAGAGAUCGAAUCGAUUGAAGCGAACCUCAAUUUUUUAAACGCAAACAUCGAUGAACUCCAGGCGUCUAUCGUUCAGUUGUCGGACACCGAGAACGACGUGACGGAAAAGAUUGGUUACCUAAACGCCGAAGAAAUCAAAUAUCUGUUUAAUAAAGUGCUUGCGAUGGCUGUCAACAACUCAUUGAUGGCAACACAACGGGAGGAGGAGAUGAAAGAGAUUGAAAUGAAGUAUAAACAGGUGGCCGACAGUAGUUUAAUUCAAGAGCAACUCCUAAAUCACGUGUUGGACACGACUUUCCUCGAGUGUCCCGAAGAGAACAAUAAAGUAGAAAAGCCAGACAUUCCCGAACCGAAUCCAAUUCCCUUCGACUUCGAGCAUCACUUUGCGAUUCCAGCCAUACCUCAGUCAACGCGAACCAGUACUCCAUCCAAAGAGAAGGCGCGCCGAACCACUCGAACUCCUCAGGAGCUACUCUUCGACAUGACUGUUGACCAUAAAAAUAAUUGCAAUAAUGAUGUCAUGACUCAGAGCUUAAUCGCGCCAAAUAUAAUCACCGAAGAGUCGGAUCUUCAACGCGUUCCCAGCGCUCCGUCUCUAAAGGACUUAAGUAGUGAUACAACGCCUCCCGUCUCUCCUUCUGUUCAGAGGAGAAAUCGUGAAACAGCCGGAAAUGUCUUCUCUAGACUAACCAACGGCUCCAUAACUAACAACCCAUUAAAUAUCGAUAGAGCUGGAAAUAUAGUCCCCUUUACGGGAAGAAGUGAUAAAAGUUCUCCUCUGGUCUGCACACACACUGCCGAAGGACACACGAGACCAGUGCUUAGUGUUGUCGCCACUAACGAUGUGCUCUUCAGUGGAUCCAAAGAUGGUUCCUUAAAAAUAUGGGACUUACAAACCGGUCAAGAGAUCCAAUCAAUCAACGAUCACCCGGACUCAGUCCAAGUGGUGCGCUAUAAUGAAUACAAUAGACUGGCCUUUUCUGCCUCCAAAUCAUUCAUUAAGGUGUGGGACCCGAGGGAUAGUCCGGCGCGUUGUAUCAAAACACUUAAUUCUUCAGGUCUGGUCAGUCAGAAUGUGCCCACAAAUAUGAAUACAGCCAAAGCCGAGUUGGCUCCGGGAGAGGCCCCUAUCCUUGACGUCCAAUUGAGUACUUAUGGCACGACGUUAUUCAGUACCUGUUCUCGUAUUGUUAGGGUUUGGGAUCUCAGAAUGUUUCAUUGCAUCGGAAAGUUAAAUACCGGCCAUAAGGCGGACAUAAUGUGUUUGGCCGUCGAAGAGGCCGGAGUUGAUAACAAUUUAGUGAUAACUGGAUCUAAAGAUCAUUAUAUAAAGGUGUUUGAGAUGAUCGAAGGCGCCGGUGGUAUCCAUAACCCGAAGAUGAGUCUAAAGCCACCCCAUUAUGACGGCAUCGAAGCCCUGAAGAUUAGCGGAGACUAUCUGUUCUCUGGUAGUCGUGACGCUUGUAUUAAGAAAUGGGAUCUUCAGAGUCAAAGACUGGUUCAGUCACUGAACAAUUGUCACAAAGAUUGGGUCCUAUCGUUGAAUACAAUGCCGAACAGCAAUACACUGUUGAGCGGCUGCAGGAGUGGACAAAUGAAAGUCUGGUCAACAGAGAACUGCCAACUCAUUGGUGAUAUCAAAGCACAUUCGGGUGCUAUUAACUCGAUCGAUACCAAUUCAAGCCUUGUCUUCACCGCCUCAUCCGAUAACACAAUAAAUCUGUGGCGCUGGAGGUCUGCCGAGUCGUCACCUGAUUAUAGCGAUUGUCUCAACGAGUGAUAGUUUUAAAUAUCAAAAAUAUAUAUCCAAUGCAUUAGUUUUUUAACGAAACCUAAUAUCAAUAAUUUUUUAGUCAAUUUUAUCUCAAAUUCAUAUCUUCCAUAAAAAUCAUAGGUUUUUACGGCAAUUACUAUACACUUACAAAACGACUCCUAAUUUUAAUUUCCAUUUUAAAAUGUAUAUAAAAUAAUGAAAUUGUUUUUUAGUUUUUUUGCAUAACUAUAUGAAAAGUGAGAUUCCAUUCCAUAUAUUAUAUUAAUUUAUAUGACUUUUUAAAUACUGUCCGAACAAAUAGAGUAAAC